UACAUAUUUCGCGUCCUGUUUGGAGGGACGCACAACGGAAAGUCCGUUCACCCCGACACUGACAGCAUUUUCACCUUGUUCUCUCACAACGAAACAUACUGACUUUUAUGGAACGGGAAUUUACAGCUUUGCGCAGUAAUAAUCUGACUAAGGUGACUUGAUGAAUUCAUACAAAAAAAUCAAGGAGCAAGAGAAAUAAUUGUUUGUGUUUUAAAGCUUCUGACAAGAAAGUUCGCGCGGUCCUGAACAGCUGAACUGAAAGAUGCGCGCGGACUCAUACUACUGUGAGGUGCGGUGUACAGUAGGCUACGACUCUUUUAAAGCUUUACCGUGUUACUGUCAGUAAUUUUACUUGAUUUUCAGGUACUGCCUCUAUUUAGUAAAGGCGGAUAUCUGUUGCUCGAGAACUGCUUCUGCUUUAGCAGCUUGCUCAUUGUUUCGGCGCUCGUGUUCAUCUUUAGAAAUCAGAGGUAGCUAUUGUUGUUUACCGAGUUCACCAGCGCCUCAAGGGCUUCUGCAAUGCGAGAGUCGGAUUCAAACCGUUUGACAUUUCUUUGGAAAGCCGGUCGACUGUCAAAUUGUCACUGAAUCAAAUCGAAUGAGCCGGACACCUGGAUUGCUGAGUCGCGAGCUCACGGCCUAUUGAACACAUUAGCACCUGUCACAUCAGUCCAGCCAAGGUCAUCGCUCCUUCUCUUCAUUCUCCAUCCAACUGUUAAACAUCAAGUCCCGGCACUCUGCUCUUCUACAAUGGAGAGCCUAAGUGAGCUUCAGAACCCUCUUCUGGAUAAGAACAGCAAACACAUGGUGAUGGCCGACUACGGAUAUGGAGGCGACUUCCACAGCAACCAGUAUCAGGAGAACAUUAUAAACUACUUUGUGACUGGUGGAGGAGGUGGCGGCGGAGGUGGGGUUGCGGUCACGGGAGGAAAUGGCAAGGCUAAAGCCCAGCUACUGGAUGCCACCUCACUUCACUUGGCGGUGGAGGCCUUUUACAAGCCUAACUUCAUCCUCUACAAGGACGACAUGAGCGGCAAGGGCAAGGAUUGCAAAAACGAGUGCUGCGAGACCACCUUCAUGGAGAAGAAAGACAAGGACGUAGUGGUGGAGACCCCCAGUACGGAGGACCCGCAGGCGAAACUGCUGGAUGAAAAUGAGGUGAAAAUCCAGACGGUGUCUUACGAGGUGGAGGAAGAGGAAUAUGUGGAGUACGAGACAGAUUGCUCCAGUGACAGUGAGAGCGAGGACAACUUCAUCGUCAUCCCUCCUCGUGAUCACCUGGGCCUCGCUAUCUUCUCCAUGCUCUGUUGCUUUUGGCCUCUGGGCAUUGCUGCUUUCUACUUUUCUCAGGGGACCAGCAAAGCCGUGACCAAGGGAGACUUCCCAUUGGCUAGCAUCGCAUCUAGACGAGCCUUGUUCCUAGCCGCUCUCUCCAUUACCAUUGGGACGGGGGUCUACGUGGGAGUAGUGGUGGCCCUCAUUGCGUAUCUGUCCAAACCAGGCCACAUUUAGCACAGCCAGAGGAGGACUACAGAACUCCACGAUACUACACAACCUCCUCUGAACAUCUUUUCUAAAUGUCUCAUUCUCAUCCCUCCCCGUGGACUGCCUGUCCGCCCAAAUCAGAAGGAGUAUAAACCAGAAGAGGAUGAACCAGAAGAACUGGGGACUUUAUCACCUCAGUCAUAAUAUAUAAUGUAAGCUUCACCUUGUGUCACACCACACUGGAUAAAACUUAACUAAGUCUGAGAGCAGUUCAGGUGAAGAAUAUAAACUACUGACAGAUAAGCAAUCCAAUUAACCAAACCCAAAGGGAAGCUAUUCCAAAGGACACAUGUAAGGAUCAAAAGGGACUAAGUGCCCGUGGAUUUGUUUUUCCCUUUCCAACUGUGCUUCGUUCCGAACCUUAAAGAGAGUUCAAGCCAUUCACCAUUUCUCUCUCUCAUUAUUACUUACUCCGUUAAACCCUGUAUAUGCGUGUGGCCCAAUUAAACCAGCACUGCUGAAUAUACCAACUGCAGUCUGUGAGCGCCAUUAAAACGGACAGAAUGUUAUCCAAAUAAUAAGCGAAUGUGGAGGUCAUACACAAACUUAAAUGCUUACGAUCAUGACACAGAACUACAAGACAAGAAAUAACUAUUAAAGACAAUGCAGUCCACAUCUAUGAACUAAAAUUCAUCUGUGAAAUUCAGCACCACUUAUACACAACAUGUAUGUCAUCCCAACUUGUUUAGGGCUCUAUGCUUUGUGUUGUAUUUUGUUUUGUCCAAAGUCCAAAUCUUUUUUUUUUUUUUUGACCCAAGGCCUUGGCUGCAAGUGUUAUGUGAUGGUAGAAGAAAAAGAUAACAAAGAAAACAAUUGUUUAUUUGUAUCUGUAAGGAUUUGCUUGACUUUAACCGAUUCUCUUUUACUCCCAGAUGUCUGAACUGAAUAUAAAUGAAAUGACUGUACACGUGGAUGGUAUGGCAAUGUGUCCUUUCACUCCCCAAAUGCAUCACUUAAUGUCUCUUAUGAUUUAAAAAAGAAAUCUAGAGAGUUGACAAAACUCAAGACAGAUGAUUAAAAAAUGUACUAUAUACUUUCCUCAAAUCCUAAAAUGGAUGUUUGAACAAAAAGGCAGGUUUUGUUUUCAGGUGAAAGGGACUCAGAUUGAAUCGAUUAAUAAUGUAUUGGAUGUCUCAAAGCUCGCAGGCAUGAGAACGAACACACAGGGGAUGUUGAGUUAAAGGUCGACUAGUCUAUUUCAGCAACAAUGGAGACUGAAUCUGGUGUAGUCAUCCGCAUAAGAACUUCAAAACAUGAAAACUAUGGGUUCUCCGGUGGCUAAAUAGUGAUUUGGGGCUUGACUUGAAUUCCUAUGGUACAGACCUCAGUUGGAAGCUGGUAGAAAUGAAAAUGGCCACAUUUUGCUUCCCAUGGUGAUUUGAAAUACCCUGAUUCUACACAAGUUUGCAUAUUUACAGUGUAAGGCCUUUAAGAGGUUGGAUUCACAAAACAUAGUAUAAAAUUCUUUAUUUUUUUAAAUUUUAUUGUAAGUAACCUCUUAAAAGUAAGGCUAAACUCUAACCUCAAAGACUUUCAUUUUAUUCUAAAAAAAAAAAAAAAAAAAAAACUAAGAUACUCUUUAAAGAGCAAGAGAAAUUCUUAAAGAGCAUUUUAACAAACUUCCUAGAAUCUUCUUGACUUUUUUCUUAAGUACAUUUUCUUGCCCCAUGAGUAGGCACAAAAACAUAAUAGCUGACAUCAGGUUGCAGAUGCUUUUUGAAUUCUGGAGAAACUAAUUCACAAGGACUUAAAUAUGUGUGGAGAACCAUUCAUUGUGAAAAAAGCAAACUGGUAAAGAUCAUGCUUUACAGUCUUCAUGUAAAAUUGUAAGUACAAUUGAGCAACUGUAAGGAACAAGCUGUACUUGGACUUCUGUUGUGAGAGUUACAGUAAGUAACUUCUGCCUGGAGUUAAGUAUCGUUAUUGCUAUUAUUAUACUGCUGAAUUAUAUCAAUGUGUAAAAAGCGUAACCUGGACGCUGUAAUAAAAAUUGUAAACAGAUACAACUGAUAAAAAUACAUUAUCUCAAAUAAGAAUCAACAGAUCAGGGAAAAAUGUCUACAGGAGGACAGGUUUAUAUUGGAGUGGUGCUUUUGUCAAGGUUAACAGAUUUACUCAUUGCCAGUGCUGUAAUCUGAUGGUGAGAAUGAAUUCACUGAAUUACCAAGCUUUUAUUAAACGACGAGCAGAAAUUAAAAACGAAGCUACGGUUGAGGAUUUUACAGCUAAUUCACUGUUCAUAUCUGUGCCGUAAGAACUAACUACCCUUAAUGCUUAAUAUAUGGCACCAAAAUGAAGCACCUGAGAAUAAAAAUAAACUCUCAUACCAGUCGUAUCAGAACUUUUGUAGAUUUUUAUCCAAACACACCACCCUUCACAUACUUGAAAUAGUAUGUAGCAGAAAGCACAACAGAAAAGAAUAAUGCCUGGAUGGCCAAACGCAAACCUCUGCUGCUUCCUCUGAGCCUGUGAUGCAUAGCACACACUUAAGACCUGCUGGUUUUGUUGCAGUCUUUAGCAAAUGCAUUUCCACCGCAACCACUGGAGCAUUGAAAGCCAAUGUGGGACACUUGCAGUCUCUCAGCGCAGGUCAUGCAUUAGUCAUACCUGACAUUUACGGUUCACAAUUAGCUUCCCAUAAUGGCUUUUUCCGAGGAAGUGUCUGGUCUCCAGAGCAUAGCUGGAAAUAGCAAAAUAGAAUCGGUUUUUACAAAUAACACUCUACGCUACUUUGCAGCCACUGAAGCUUGACCAAGCAAAUCUUUGCUAUUUUAAACGCGGCAAAAAAAUAAAAUAAAAUAAAAUUAACACGUGGGUUACAAACUACAAAUUAGGGUAUCACACUUGCAGAAACUCAAAUUGGCUGUAAUGAAAAUGGGUUUCACUUUCCGUCAAGGUCUUAAGUGAUACUAACAUGCUAUCAAGCCGUGUACGUUUUUUUUUUUUUUUUUCUCAUGUGUUUGCGUCCUUCAUUUCUAAAUGAACAGUAUCAGUGUCUGGCUGCCCUCCCUUGAUUGUGUAUCAGCCUGGUCCUUUUUCCCCCGUUUUACGUUUCCAUAGUGACUAGUCAUUUUCAGAUGUUCAUUUUAUGCCACAUGCAAUGACCUACACUGUAAGAAUAGUGAGAUUAAAUGUGCAUUUUACCUUUGAAAAAUUUAAUUGCAAUCAUUUCUAUCUGCUUUGUGUUUUGUCAUUGUCAUUCAAAUGGUGUUUUAAGGCUGUAAGGUUAUAUUGGUAUCCCUCAUCAACAAACUGAGGAAUGUCUGCUUCAGUUAAAACAAAAUGAGAGAGAGAAAGAGUAAAGUGUUUAUAAAGAAUGUCAGUGUUUUCUUGGUAUUGUAAUACUUUGAGUUUUCUCAUUCAUGAUCAGAAUGUGCUUGUGAGACAGUGACAAUGUAAAUACUGCAAACUAAAGACGAGAUGCAGUGGUAUAAAAUAAAUCAUUUGAGACAAAAAAAUCUCCUUGUAUCUAUUAAUGCAAAGGCUGGAUGUGUUUUUGCCUCUUGGGAAAAUAUGAUACAGUGUGGUCCUUGUGUGAAACUCUCUUGUCAGGAACAAAAUGCUAGUUAGACUAAACAGACGGAUGAGUCAUAUUCGAGCAUAGCAGAGGUGUGUAUGGAGGUGUGAGGAUGAAGCUUCAUGCUCCCCCCCCUCCUUAUUUUCCAUAUAUCAACAUCUUCAAAAUCCUUCAGUGGAAAUCAUUGAGGAAUGUUAUAUAUUUGCAAUUUGAUUAGUUCAAUAUGUAUUACUUAUCUAAAUUCAGCGAUUGUAAAGCCAGUCUGACACAAAUGCAAAAGGUUUGUUUUUUGAAUAGCUUGUGGUUUUGUAGGCAAUAAAACAACAUUCAUUUACAGAGCUGAAUGAAUUGAUUAUUAAAUAAAUCACUGGCCUCAAGGGUUGAAUCAUAUCAGACCACACACAGGGAUGCAUUUAAGUGUUUGAUUACAAAUGCAACCAGCCAAACAGGAAGUGUUAUGACAAAUGGGAUUUCUUCAAAGCAUUCAUAAUAAAAUGUUGCUGGGGGAGCAAAACAUGUUUUGAAGAAUUUCUUCAAUCUCAUACAUUACAUUUAAUGCGUUGGGAAGUGAAAGUGAUGGUUCACCAAAUCAGUGUCAUUGAUCUACAUCAUUAAUUCUCAAAUCUGGUUCUACAGCCCAAACAAAACUACAAUGGAUUUCUUUUUUAUCCCAUUCACACCAGGUAUUAACAUCUAUCUGCUAUAGAACAUGGCACAAUUCACAACUCACAUGCACUCUCCGCUAUUUGUGACGUCACAUGCAUCUUCUGAAGACGAACCGGAAAUGAAUUGCAUUAUUCUUCUUGUAGAAGAGGUUUGCCACAUAUUGCUUCAGCAUGUGUAAUAAAAAUGUUUG